AUGUNCGAUUCUGUUGCAGAUCGAUUCUUGAAGGAAUAUGAUGAUAAUGAUGAUUCAGAUAGUGGCGAUGAAGAAGGAAGAGGUCGUCGUACUAGACCUAAACUGAAGAGGAUGAGUGAACGUCUUGAUACGCUCAACCAAGAGAUUGAAGCUGAGAAGAAACGAGGCGAAAAGGCUCAAGAGAAGCUUGAGUCUGCUGGGGAUAGGAGAUUCAAGAAGUCCAUCGAGGCGCUUACUCUCGAGGAACUCAAUGAAUACAAAGACAAGCUUGAGACAGUCCAUGAUAGGGUCCAAAGUGAUGCCAGUCGCAUUCAGGCUUCGUCUGAUCUCGUACUUCUCUCCAACGAUAAGAAGAGCGGACUUGUUUAAGUUACAUUCUAAUUUUGUAUCAGCCUACAGAAGUUAUUAACAUGAAAGAUUUUGUUGGUGUAGAGUUCGUCAUAUCUUCUAUGAGGUGUGGCUUUCAAUUUGAUAUCAAAUGAUUGUAACUGAAAAAAAUC